AUGGAGAGCCGCUUUGCCCGCUUCUGUGCACUCCGCAUUCCACGGGAGUCGAAGAGGGCCAAACCCGGCUGCCGCGGCCUCCUCUUCGCCUCCCCUCACCCGAUAGCGCGGAGUAGCCGGCGGUUGCUUCGGGCUUUGUCCCAGGCCGGCUCCCCUCCCCUGCCCGGGUUCGUGUCUGCGGCCGAGCCGCCUUUUCCUGCCUCUCGCAGCGCUUCUCCCCGAGCCGCCCGGGUCCGCGGCGCCUCCGGCAGCGCCGCCCCCCCCUCUCGGGGGCUCGGGCUCUGCCGGGGGAGGAGGGGGAUUAGCGCUGCCGCCGCGGCCGGGCCCGUCUCCUGCCCCCUCCCCCCGAACACCAUAGGCGGCUCAGGCACCAAGAUGUCCAACCGAGUGCUCUGCCGGGAGGCCAGCCACGCCGGCAGCUGGAGUUGUUUGGUGAAGCUGGAUGUCUUGGCACCUGUAGGCAUCAGAGGCAAUUUGGGAUUAUGGGGACCCCAGCUGAAUGCACAACUAGAAGGUUGGCUUUCUCAAGUACAAUCUACAAAAAGACCUGCUAGAGCCAUUAUUGCACCUCAUGCUGGAUAUACCUACUGUGGGUCAUGUGCAGCCCAUGCUUACAAACAAGUGGAUCCUACUAUUACCCGGAAAAUUUUCAUCCUUGGGCCUUCCCAUCAUGUGCCCCUUUCCCGAUGUGCACUUUCCAGUGUGGAGAUAUAUAGAACACCUCUGUAUGAUCUUCGAAUUGAUCAAAAGAUUUAUGGAGAAUUGUGGAAGACUGGAAUGUUUGAGCGUAUGUCUCUACAGACCGAUGAAGAUGAACACAGUAUUGAAAUGCAUUUGCCUUAUACUGCUAAAGCCAUGGAAAGCCAUAAGGAUGAGUUUACCAUUGUUCCAGUAUUGGUUGGAGCACUGAGUGAGUCAAAAGAACAGGAAUUUGGAAAACUCUUCAGUAAAUACCUAGCAGAUCCUAGUAAUCUCUUUGUGGUUUCUUCUGACUUCUGCCAUUGGGGUCAAAGGUUCCGUUACAGUUACUAUGAUGAAUCCCAAGGAGAGAUUUAUAGAUCCAUUGAGCACCUAGAUAAAAUGGGUAUGAGCAUUAUAGAGCAGCUAGAUCCUGUAUCUUUUAGCAAUUACUUGAAGAAAUACCAUAAUACAAUAUGUGGAAGACAUCCCAUUGGGGUAUUAUUAAAUGCUAUAACAGAGCUCCAGAAGAAUGGAAUGAAUAUGAGCUUUUCAUUUUUGAAUUAUGCCCAGUCAAGCCAGUGUCGAAACUGGCAAGACAGCUCAGUGAGUUAUGCUGCUGGAGCACUAAUGGUCCACUGAACCUCCGAACACUCAGGGAUGCCACCUGCACACAUACUUUGUACGGGGUCCCAGCCUAGCCCUUACAAAGAUACAGUUCCUGGUCUUCGGGUAUACUGAAACCUCAAACUAAUAGAACUCUCUUCUUUUCUAGUAGGUGUAGUCCUUGCUUAGUUUCAACUCAUUUAAAAAUGCUUUCUUGUUAAACCAAUGGAAGGAAGGCUUGUGUCAAAACGUUGUGAUUUAAAAAAAAAAGAUAAUGUCUGUAAAGGCCUGGUGGUAGACAGUCCUUUCAAAUAUAACAUGUAAAGCAUUUACCAUAUCCUAAAUUUGCACUCUUUGCAGACCUGUGCACAUGUACUCAGCUUUCAGAAUAGUUGCCAGUUGUAAACAGAAAAAAGGGUGGGAGCUUUUUAAUGAAAAAAAAAAAGCAUUUAUAAAUGAUCCUGUAUUAGAUUAUAAUAAAACUCCAGUAUAGUCCAUUACUAGCUGUGUUGUACAACAGAUAUCUUCUAUUUUAGUUGCUAAUAAAGGGCUACACAAACCAAAA